GUCCCUUUGCGAUUUCAUCUUCGUUCCAACUCCUAUCUCCUACCUACCUCACUUCAUCAUUCUUACGAUAAUUUACUGAGGACUUUAUAUCCUUCUCCUACACCCCCGUUUCCGCCAUCGAUACAUACCCCAGCCAAGCCAAGAAUGUCUACGGCCAUCUUGAACCAUCGCCGCGCCACCUCUAAACGCUGGCAGCCACACGCCGUACGGGGUCGUACGAACAAUCGCCGUCUCCAAUCUCGCAAUUCAGAUCGCCCAAAUGCCUCGGCGCCGAAUCGAGCAGCAUGCCAACGAAAGCGAGAGUUCAGUCACUCAGGCAAUGGAGUCGGUAUUCGGGUCAUCUCUGAUUCGUUGACGCAAACUAAGGACUCUGACGACAUUUCCAACAAUACGGAACCUCAAUACCCCCAGCGAGCUACUGACUGCAUGCCGAGUCCUCCAGUCUCCAGGGAACCCAAGUCUUUACCAGAGAAAAGCGUAAAAGUCCCACCCCCCAAGGUGACGUUUGGGCUUCCGUCACCACCAUCUUCGGCAUCUGUAGAGUCAGACCGCUGUCACUCAGAUUUCUCUGAACCUCCUUCUCAUGGAUCAGACCUCUCUCCCAGGAAUCCAUUUUUGCCAGAUUGGUCAGAGAUAAAUCGUGUUUCGACGACUGCCAGCAGGUAUAUCAGCCCACCCAGAGACAGCGCUCCUGCCUGUAUCCUACCCUCUCCCAAGAAUCCAUAUUUGCCAGAUUGGUCAGAGAUAAAUCGUCUUUCGAUGACUGCUAGCGGGUAUAUCAGCCCGCCCAGAGACGGUGCUCCCGCCUGCAUCCUACCCUCUCCCGAAUCAAGAAUGGGUAUCGUGGACAAUGAGAAGAAGCGGGCUCCCCCAAAGUUGACUAUAUUGGGUCCACCGCCUCCACCAGGACUCGUCACCGCACCUCCCACUUCCCCACAACCUUACUACAUCUACGAAAACCACGUGAAAUCGCCUAGAGAUCCAAUCGUCCCAGUCCGCUCGCAGCCACUCCCUCCACCAGGCGGUCUUUGGUCUGAAAUAUGGUCGCAAAUCCCAUCAAUCACCGACCCUCCAAGGAAGGUUCCCUAUAAGGAAGCCCGAAACGACAUGCAAGAAUUGGCAACACUCUUCGCCCAGAUCUCGACUGCCCACCAACUCGAUCCCGACUUCAAGAACGGCUGCGAGGAUGAAGAGGAUUGGAAUAUGCCAGUCUUCCCCACCUCAACCCUCGACGACCCAUAUCGUCCUAUACCUUACGAUGAACGUCCUCGCGUGGUUCCCACGUAUACCGUUCCCAUUGGAACGGGCCGUCCGCUGCCGCGCUCAAAAAUCCCCGACACACCUAGCUUGACGCCGAAGGAUUCUGCCUCGCCUUCUCUUUCGGAUUUUGUUGUCGUGGAUGGCAAGGGCGAGCGUGAGGAAGUGAGGGAUGAGUUUCCGUGGGUGGAGGAUGGUGGGGCGGACAGUUUGGGUUGAUAGCUAUACUUGCUCGAUUAGUUGGUUUUGCUUGAUGGCUUGUCGGUCACAGUGCUUUGCUUAGUUGUGCUGGAUGGGAUUGGCUAUUAGACUUGUGUGACCGGCGAGCUUGGUUGUGUUCUCCCUUUGUACAUUCGUUUUUUUGUUGAUUUAAGGACUUGGGUUCAAUCUCUUUUCUUUUCUUGGCGUGUCU